CAUACUGUAUAUUUAAGUUCAUAGAAAAAUCUAUACAUCUAGAAAUAUGAAAUAUCUAAAUGUCUUACUAUAAUUUGAAGUGGAUGAAAUAUAUGAAAUUCAUUUUUUCAAUCUAUCUUUUUUUUUUGAGGAAUUUUUUUUUCAAUCUAUCUUCAAACUGCAGAUUUAAAGAUGGAGGCAAAAAUCCAUUUGCAGGCAAGAACAGGUGAGUCACACUGUUCUGCCCAUCUGUCCAUGAUCAGAUAGACAAAGACAUCAGCAAAUUAAUUGCACCGAGAUCCAACAAACCAAACAACACAAGGUCAAAUCAUUUCUCUAAUCCAUCUGCCUUGCACUGCUCCAGAUCCAUCGUCCAAGACGACCUCAGAUUUCCCUCCCAAGUCCCACCGCGUCGAGCUCCAAAGCCACUAAGAAGCGGCGGCGGCCAUGUCGUCGGGCUCCGGCGCCGGCACCGGCGGCCGGCGCAUCACCAUCAGGUCCAUCUCCUGCCGCGGCGUGAGGGCCUUCGUCCCGUUCCAGAAGCCACCGCUCUAUGCCGCGGUGUCCCUCGGCGGCCGCCGGGAGAAGACGCAGCCGGACGCCGACGGCGGCGAGAGCCCGGACUGGGACGACGCGGUGUUCGCGUUCGACCUCGACGGGGAUGCUGGUGCGCAGGCACAGCAGCAGCUGCUGGUGGAGUUCGAGGUCAAGGCGCAGGUGCCGAUCCUCGGCAACAAGCUCGUCGGCACGGCUAGCGUGCCCGUAGCCGACCUGGCGGCGGCCGGAGACAACGCCGGGCUGCGCCACGUCAGCUACCAGGUGAGCGCCCCCGACGGCAAGCCGAAUGGCACGCUCAGCUUCGCAUACGCCAUCACCGGCGGCACCGGCCCCGGCAACGGCGUGCGCCCGCAGCCGCAGCUCUACCCGGCGCCGGGGGGUGCGCGGCCGGAUCAAAAUCCGAGCUUUUGCUGCGCGCCUCCGCCGAGCGCAGCGUAUCCGCCACCCGCGUCGGCUGCAAACUUCCCGCCACAGAGCGCCGGUUACCCGCCGCCACCACAGCCGUCGUCGCCGCCGGCUUCCGCUUCUCUCUAUCCGUCACUGCAAGGGUUGUUGUCCCCACGCAGCUACCCGCCUCCGCCGCCGCCUUAUUCACAAUUUCCAGCGCCAAGCAACAGCAGCUACCCGCCGCCGGCUGCUGCUGCUACAGCAUAUCCGCCGUCAUGCGCAGCCUGUCCGGCAGAGCUCACCAUGUACCCGCCACCGCUGACGGCGGCUGGUACGGCAUACCCGCCACCACCGCCGGCGACUCCGGCGGCACAGUACAGCAGCUACCCGCCGCCACCGGCGCCGCCGAGCGGGUACCCACCACCACCGGCGUCCAAUUUGGUUCCUCCGACAGGCACCUACCCGCCGCCGCCGGAGUCAGGCUCGGCCUACCCAGUUUAUCCAAGAUCGGCGCCUUCGCCGCCGCCAGGGACAGUGGACCGUGCACUACCGUACUACCCGGCGCCUCCCGCUCCCGGCGGCUCGUACUACCCUCCUCCGGGGACACGGCACCCUGAGAUCGACGGCGCGGGAAGGAACCCUUACUACCCACCGCCGGGGAGUCGAUACCCGUAGGAGGAGCUCGGCGGAAUAAUUCGCAGCGUUAUGGAACUGUGAUGUGAUGUGAUGUGAUGUGACAACUGGCGAGUGACGACGAUGCUUCCAAGAUAGCUCCGCCGCUUCGCGCCAUGAGCAUAGCUAUGAUCCAUCGUCAGAUUGCAGCGGUGGGUGCAAGGCUGCAAAGCUGCCACCAACACUUGGCUUGUUCGGGUCAAUAAUUAACCUCAGUGUUUUUCAGUCUUUCCAAGAGGAUUUGUUUUUUUUAACAAAGUGAGUAUUGAACUAUUGAUACUUUUUUUUU